AUGGCAGACUGGUUCCAGGUUGGCAGGGAGGACAUGUGGGCCAAGGUGGAGGUGACUAUGCAGGAGAGUGUUGAGGUUUACCUGGAUGACUCGGCGCAGAUCCCCUGCCACUACAGCUUCACCGACAACAACGAGCCCAGCUUUGUCAUGAUCCAGUGGUUUGUGAGAGCUAAAACAAGCAGCUCACGGGUUCGGAUUUUCUACCUCGGUGGCAAUGAGCGGAUGGCGGACAACGACACUGAGUACACCGGUCGCAUCAACGUGACUUCAGACCAGCACGGGACUCGACUCACCAUCCUAAACGUCCAGCUCUCAGAUCAGAGGGAGUUCUUCUGCCAAGUUAACGGUAUGGCUGCCGGGAACGCUGAGGGCAAGACCCACCUCAGAGUGUUUGCUCCUCCAGAGCCUCCAGUGAUGGAGGGGGUCCUGACUGGAAUAUCUGUGACCAAUGAGGUGCCUUCAAAGAUUGCAUCAUGCGAGGCUCAGAACGGUUUCCCUAAACCCAACAUCACCUGGUACAGGAACAACAUUCCACUGAUACCUGAAGCAGGACAUGUAAACGUGUUGAUCCUUUUCCAAGAGUUGUCCGGCUUCUACUCCCUCCAGAGCAUACUGGAGUACAAGGUGGCUAAAGAGGACAAAGACGCACAUUUCUCCUGUGAGGUCAGCUUCUUUGUCCCUGGAGCCAUCAGGACAGUGGAGUCCAGCAGCAUUAACAUCACUGUUCACUACCCCACCACCAUGGUGGAGCUGUGGAAGGACUUGCCCAAGGGCCUGGUCAAAGAGGGGGAUACUGUCGAGCUGCGUUGCCAGGGUGAUGGCAACCCCCCGUCGCCCUUCAUUUUCAACAGAGAACAAGAGCCGGAUUUGGGCCUGGAGAGCAGCGGUGAUGUGUUGAUCCUGUCACCAGUGACACGGGUCGACAGCGGCAUCUACCAGUGUCGCCCUCUGGACGCAGACAUUUACUCGGACGUCAAAGGAGAGAUGCAGCUGACUGUGCACUAUUUGGACCCGGCUGUGGUGGUCCCUAAAGACUCAGAAGUCAUGCUCAAAGGAGAAGACCUGACUGCUUCGUGCAACGCUCUGUCCUCCCUCAAAACACAAACUGUUUGGUACAAGAAUGGGCAACAGGUUGGCAAGGGGAACACGUUGCACCUGAGGGACGCCACCUAUGAAACAUCUGGAGAGUAUAUCUGCGAGGUGACGGUUCCCUCCCUGCCUGCCCUGCACACCAGUGGCUCCGUUCACAUCAUCGUCCAAGGCGGUCCUCAGAUGGUGGGAUUGGAGCAGGAGGUGCAGCUGGAGGAGGCAGCCGGCCGGAUGGUGAACCUGAGCUGUGAGGCUCAGGGUCAUCCCCUGCCGAGCAUCUCCUGGAACAUCAUCGGCAGCCAGAACUGGCAGGAGGUGGUGAUCAAGGCAAACGAGCACAUGACUCACAGCGUGGUGUCGGUCAAAGUCACCUCGGACGUUAGUGCUCUGUGCAACGCUUCAAAUGACAUGGGCACGGAGGUCAAAGCUUUCAGCAUCAAAGCCAUUCCCAGACUCACCUCCACUGCUCCCUUCUCUCCCGCUGAAGGCAGUGGGGUGAUCAUCGUGGUGAUCAUUCUGUGUCUGCUGCUGCUCGCCAUCCUCGGCAGCGUCCUCUACUUCCUGCACAAGAAGGGGAAGAUCCCCUGUGGACGCUCAGGGAAACAGGAGAUACUCAGUGAGCUGGACAAAGAGGGCGACCACACGCUCCAAGAGAAGACCACCAAAGAUGACAUUGUUGUGGAGAUGAAGAGCAACACAAAGACGGAGGAUACUGUCCUGCUAAAGGCUGUCAACGGGGACAAAAAGGGCCCCAACGAGCAG